GAAAAAAAAUUGUUUACACGUACAGUUGGUUCAUUUUCACGUGUAAAAUGCUAACCAAAACGUGCAACUUGAUAAUAUUUCACGUGAAGAUUCCAUGAAAGAAGCGCAUAUGUUGCUGCAAGUACGCAAAUGAUCUAACUUAAAAUAACAUUGUUCCCAUGGAAGAAGCAGUUUGUUUGUCAUCGCAGUGAUUGCAAGUCAUGGCUUUGUUCUUUACAUUACAACUCGUACUUUCUUUGAUUCUGGCGAAAGUCGACAGCGAGCUUGUGCCAACGUAUUUUGCAAGAAAAUACAAAAAUGGGAGCUAUGUCGACGCCACUAUGCAAUCUAAUCGGCUAGAAAUUUCACUUCAUUCCAUGUCAAUUGAACGCAGUUCAGUCGCCAAGUUAAAGGUCGAACCGUCUUUGGUUAAAAAUGCUCAAUAUGCUGUUGUUUCAUGGGAAGGAGUCGUCAACGCGCAAGCAAUCGACUUUGUUGCUCUAUAUUGUCCAGAAACAUCGGCAAAUAAUGAUUAUUAUGAUUAUUUCGAAGUCGGGGAAUCGCCAACAUAUCGUGAAGGUUUUGGAAAUCGAUCUGUUCAGUUGUACAACGUUCGUACAAAUUGUGAAAUGAGAUACUUUCGAAAUCAUAUUUUGGAAAAACGACAGGAACUGGUGGCAAAAAGUAACAUAAUAAUUUUUGAAGGUGGACCAGAGAUGCCAUUACAGAUUCACCUUGCUUUGACUGGUGAUCCUACAGAAAUGAGGGUGAUGUGGGUCUCGGGGACUGAUGAGACCCCUAUAGUGAAGUUUGGUAGAAAUGAAACUGUGCUUCAUUUGUCUGCGAAAGGAAAAUCAAAGACGUACACCAUUAAAGAGUUUUGUUCUAUAAAAGGAAAGUUCAUUCAUCCAGGUUUUAUCCACGAUGUACUUCUUAAAGAUCUACAACCAUCGACGUUGUAUUAUUAUUCUUGUGGUGUUUUGGGGCACAUGAGCAAAGUGCGUACAUUCAAAACAGCACCCGUUACAGGCCCUGAUGUUGGCUUUAAGUUUAUUGUUUUUGGUGAUCAUGGGAUACUACCAGCAGCUCACAGUACAGCGAAACAUUUGCUCAGAGAAGUUAAAAAUGGUUACGAAUUUAUAUUUCAUAACGGUGACAUUUCCUAUGCAAGGGGAAUGGCGUACAUCUGGGAACAAUGGCAUGCAUUGAUUGAACCAUACUCCAGUAUAGUACCAUACAUGGUUGGUAUUGGUAACCAUGAACAGGACCAUUUGGAUAAUUCUAGCAAGGAUCCUAGUGGGGUAACAGGAGAUGGUUGGCAUCCUAGGUGGGGUAAUUUUGGUGAUGAUUCAAACGGAGAAUGUGGCGUACCUAUGUUUCAUCGUUUUCACAUGCCUGAUAAUGGGAACUUUGUCUGGUGGUAUAGUUUUGAUUAUGGCAUGGUGCAUUUCAUUAUGAUAAGUACAGAGCAUGAUUUGAGUCCUGAAUCAAGACAAUAUAAGUGGUUGGAGAAAGAUUUAAAAAAAGUGAAUCGUUUAAAGACCCCUUGGGUCAUCCUUGGAGGACAUCGACCCAUGUACUCGAGCGAGAUAAAUCCAGGCAACUUCAUCGUGACUUUGGCAUUUCAAUGUUUGUUUGAAAAUCUCCUUCAUAAAUAUAAUGUAGAUGUAGCAUUCUGGGCACAUUAUCAUAGCUACGAACGGACAUGCGCUGUCUAUCGUAAGGAAUGCAGAGAUGACGGCACAGUACAUAUUGUGAUUGGUACUGCAGGAAAAGAAGCUGACCUUCUGCCAUAUCUUCCAUUCCCUUGGCUUGAGUACUAUCGAUUUUUCGACCCGUAUGGUUACGGGCGUGUUACGCUCGCGAAUCGUUCCGCUCUACAUUUUGAAUACUUUGUGAAUAGCGAAAAUAAAGUCGUUGACGAAGUUUGGUUGUAUAAGAAAAUGACAUUUAAAUGAAAGUAAUUAUUCCACUACCAUUAUUUAAUUUUAUUUGAACAUAUAUAGAUAACAAGACAGGUAUUUAAUCAAAAAUGCUAAUCAAAUAGAGAAUUUUGCAGGAAAACCCUCAUAAAUCAAACAAGCUACGGAAACCAGUCUGUGGAUGCACAUUA